UGUAUUCUACUCUGUUUGAUGAAGUGAGACAAAGACCAAUCGACAUGAAGAUGAAAAAUCGACUUCAGCUUGUAGCCUUCGACAAAACUGCACAAAAGUUCUUCUGCAAGGUGUGUCAGAAGUCGUUUACAAACAGGAGCACCUUAUUAGAUCAUAUAAAACUACACACUGGGGAAAAUCUAUUAAGCUGCUCAUUCUGUGACGUAUAUUACACUAUGUUUGAUGAAAUGAGAAAAAUACCCAUCCACAUCAAGAUGAAAAAUCGACUUCAACUUGUAGCUUUCGACGAAACAACACAAAAAUUCUUCUGUAAGGUGUGCCAGAAGUCAUUCACUAACAGGGGCAGCUUAUUGAAUCACACACGACUACACACUGGAGAAAACUUACACAACUGUUCCUUUUGUGGUAAACAGUUUACUAAAAACUCUCAAUUGGUCUCACAUGAAAGGACUCACACUGGAGAGAAGCCAUUCAAGUGUAAUAUUUGCCUCAAAUCAUUUGGAGAUCCUUCACCUCUCACUAGACAUAUGAAAACGUAUCACUUGAAGCAAUGAUCUAUGU